AUGGAUUCCUCAACGCUCCUCCAGGAGCCCCUGGACAUUGUGCGAGUCAGCCUGGACGAACGCGUGACUGUCAAGUGCAGAGGAGACCGGGAACUUGUUGGCAAGCUGCACGCGUACGACAUGCAUUUAAACAUGGUGCUGGGCGACGUCGAGGAAGUCGCGACCACCGUAGCGGUGGACACGAUCACAGGUGACGAGCAAACAAAGAGGACCACCAGGCGACUUCCACUUAUUUUUCUUCGCGGCGACGCGAUCAUCCUUGUGGCGCCGGUGAACUCGAGCAACCAGUGA